AACACAGAGUCAUGACGGCCGACAGUGAGCUCUUGAUGCGCACGCGCCCGCUAUCGUGAGCAGGGUGUCGGGACAGAGAACCUAAUGCUCACUCUGUGCUGGUUGUGCUUCCAUCGAACAGCCGAUGCGGGUUAGCUUUCCUCAAUCUUUAUUGAUACUAUAACGUACAUGUACCUGAUUUUUUCACAACAAAUGCAGAUUCGUGCAUGUAUUGUUCAGUGCAGUAGGACUUUACUUGUGCAAUUACCUUCAGGUGAUGUCCGGGAAAUUUCGCACCGCAUCGGGAAAACCCGGAGAGAAGAUCGUCAGUAUUGCUCAUGAGGAGAGGGCGACCCUCAUCAUAACUGGCACUCGGGGUCUCGGGAAGUUCCGGAGAACGAUUCUGGGUAGCGUCAGCGACUACAUCGUCCACCACGCCGUGGUCCCUGUCCUUGUAUGCCGACGGAAGACACAACACGAGGAUUCCUCCAAAUCUUAAGCAUAGAUCUAGCAUAACUGGCCCAAUUUCAUCUUUUCGGGGUUUUUUUUUAAUUUUCUUCCUUUUAUAAUAACCCAGAAGCCUAAAGCAAAUAAAUGAUACAUGUUAAGUGACAUUGUCAGUCAAUUCAGUCACCAAAGCCAUUACUGAGGAGUGAAGUUUAAUUUAGUUAAAUUAAAUACUACGCUGUGCGACGACAAACUGAUGGUAAUGUUUCUGAUAGCUGAAAACAGUACAUGUUUUUUAUUUAUUUGUCGUAAUGGGUUUUAUUGUGUGCGUAUUUAUUUUUAAAUAUUGCAAAGUGUAAUUCAGAUUAAAGGUAAUUUCAGUACAAACGAUAAGCCCUGUAAUGUUUGAUACAUAUAUAUAUAUACAAAACAUGCAAGUGACAUAGGCUCUCGCUGUAUGUAACAAUUCCUUGAUGUAUUCUAUGGGUCAGAUAUCUAUGGUGUCAUGUCAAAAUUGCUGUCGUAGAUUGAGUUAGUUGUACGAUCCAAAUUUUGUUUACAAA